AUGGCCAAAGUUCCUGACUUGUUUGAAGAUCUGAGAAACUGUUACAGUGAAAAUGAAGAAUACAGUUCUGCCAUUGACCAUCUCAACCUGAAUCAGAAAUCCUUUUAUGAUGCAAGCUGUGGCCCACUUCAUGAGAACUGCAUGAAUGAAUUUAUGUUGCUAAACACCUCUGAAACCUCUAAGACAUCCAAAUUCACCUUCAAGGAGAGCCUGAUGGUGGUGUCAACUACAUCAAACAGUGGGAAGAUUCUGAAGAAGAGACGACUGAGUUUAAAUCAGGCCAUUACUGAUGAUGACUUGGAGGCCAUUGCCAAUGAGCUAGAAGAAACCAUCAAGCCCUGGCCAGCAUCUCACAUGUUCCAGAGCAAUGUGAGAUACAAAUACAUAAGGACUGUCAAACAGGAAUUCACUCUGAGUGAUUCCCUCAACCAAAGUAUAUAUAAAGAUGCAGAAUAUCUCAAAGCUGCUUCAUUACCUGGGGAGAGCAAUCAAGUGAAAUUUGACAUGAAUGCCUACUCAUCGGGAGAUGAUUCUAAAUAUCCUGUGACACUAAGAAUCUCAAACACUCAACUAUUUGUCAGUGCCCAAGAUGAAAACCAGCCUGUGUUGCUAAAGGAGCUACCUGACAUACCAAAAGUCAUCACAGGUAGCGAGACCAACCUCAUCUUCUUCUGGAAAGCUGUGGGGACUAAGAACUACUUCCUAUCAGCUGCCUAUCCAGAGCUGUUUAUUGCCACAAAGGAACAAAGUCCAGUGCAUAUGGCAAGGGGGCUACCUUCUGUGACAGAUUUUCAGAUAUCGUAA